CCAUGACCUGCAUGAAGGGCCCGCUGCGCUUGGAGCACCGAGCCGCGGGGACCAAGCUGUCGGCCGCUGCCUCGUCCGCCGCCUGUCACCACCCCCAGCCGCUAGCCAUGGCCUCGGUCCUGGCUCCAGGGCAGCCCCGCUCCCUGGACCCCAAGCACAGGCUGGAGGUGCACACCAUCUCGGACACCUCCAGCCCCGAGGCCGCAGCCCAGGCUGCAGGGAUGAGGGUGCCGCCGCCGCGAGAUAAAGGUGUAAAUAAGACGCGCGGCGGGGGAGGGGAGGAGCCGGGGCGCGCACCCACACUCGGAUCCGCGCACCCAGGGCGCCGCGCUGCCCGGACGCCGCACCGGAUCCUCGCGCGCCGCGCGGCCGGCCCUUCCCACGCCUGUGCCGCGGCGCAGACAGUCUGGUUCAAGAACCGCCGGGCCAAAUGGAGAAAGCGGGAGCGCAACCAGCAGGCGGAGCUGUGCAAGAACGGCUUCGGGCCGCAGUUCAACGGGCUCAUGCAGCCCUACGACGACAUGUACCCCGGCUACUCGUACAACAACUGGGCUGCCAAGGGCCUCACGUCGGCCUCGCUGUCCACCAAGAGCUUCCCCUUCUUCAACUCCAUGAACGUCAACCCCCUGUCCUCGCAGGCCAUGUUCUCCCCGCCCAGCUCCAUCUCGUCCAUGAGCAUGUCGUCCAGCAUGGUGCCCUCGGCCGUGGCGGGCGUCCCGGGCUCCGGCCUCAACAGCCUCAACAACUUGAACAACCUGAGCAGCCCGUCGCUGAAUUCCGCCGUGCCGACGCCCGCCUGUCCCUACGCGCCGCCGACUCCGCCGUACGUGUACAGGGACACGUGUAACUCGAGCCUAGCCAGCCUGAGACUGAAAGCCAAGCAGCACUCCAGCUUCGGCUACGCCAGCGUGCAGAACCCGGCGUCCAACCUGAGCGCUUGCCAGUACGCCGUGGACCGGCCGGUGUGAGCCCGCCCGGUGCUCCGGACCGCAGCAGGGCCCUGCGCCCUCCCUGGAAGGACUGGGAUCGCGCUAGGAGGUCGUGGGCACUGAGGGGAGCGAGAGGAGGUGGAGAGGGAGAAGGAAACCACUGAAUUACAGAGCGUCUUUGCUUUCACAGGGGUCCCGCGUCUGACAUCUGUGCUUUGAGUAUUUCCAACCGCGAGGACUCUACACAAAUGGUCGACUGGAUAUGACAUUUUAACAUUACGAUAAGCUUGUUAUUUUUUAAGUUUAGCAUUGUUAACAUUAAAAUGACUGAAAGGAUGUAUAUAUAUCGAAAUGUCAAAUUAAUUUUAUAAAAGCAGUUGUUAGUAAUAUCACAACAGUGUUUUCAAAGGUUAGGCUUUAAAAUAAAGCAUGUUAUACAGAAGCGAUUAGGAUUUUUCGCUUGCGAGCAAGGGAAUGUACAUACUAAAUGCCACACUGUAUGUUUCUAACCUAUUAUUAUUAUAAAACGUGUGAAUAUCGGUUUUAGAAUAGUCUCUCUGGUGGAUGCAAUGAUGUUUCUCAAACUGCUCUGUACGACAUACCCUGUGUGCAACAUUUCGUACAAUAUCAUUGUUUUACUUUUCAGCAAAUAUGAAAAAUGUGUUUUAUUUCAUGGGAGUAAAAUACACUGCA